CUCAACAGUCAACCAUUUCAAAAAUAGGGCCCCUGGUUCUGGUUUCAUCGCCUCUCCUCACCUCACUUUAAGAUUGUUGUGUUGUUGUUCACCGCACCGCCCACCGGUGUUGUUUAGACUAGCUUAUUGGUUCAAAUUUGCUGUUUUGUUUACUUAUAUUGAGGUUGUGACUGUUGAGAGUUGUCAAGUUCAUAUUUUUGAAAUCUUACAAUGUGUGUGUGGUGAUUUGAAGUUCGAUUGUUUAUGAAUUACGUUGGAUAUGGAUACAUCCAAUAAAAUGAACACAUUUCAGUUUAGUUCCAUUCAUUGUCUACUCUUAUCGUUGCUGUAUUUCUCAGCAUGUAACUUACCUGUUAUAUGUGAGGAUGUACAGGAUAAACAAGAUUUUCUUCUAAUAACUGUUGCGACUGAAGAGACUGAUGGUUUCAAGCGGUUCAUUCGUUCUACUUCGCUUUAUGAUGUUCCAGUCAAGGUUUUGGGGAUGGGAGAGGUGUGGGAGGGAGGAGAUAUGCAACACCCUGGGGGAGGACAUAAGGUGCUGCUGUUGAGAGAGGCUCUCAAACCCCUCGCUCAAGACAAGGAGAAGAUCAUUAUGUUUAGUGACAGCUAUGAUGUGGUGCUGCUGGGGCCCGUGGCUGCCAUUCUAGAGCAGUUCCGAGCGAUGGACGCCAGAGUGGUAUUUUCAGCCGAGCCGUUCUGUUGGCCUGACCAGAGGAUGGCGGAACAAUACCCUGUCACUGAGUCCAGAUACAAGUAUCUCAAUUCUGGAGGAUUCAUCGGCUACGCCAGUGACAUUUACGAGUUAUUGUCCUCUCUCAAGCUGAACAGCAAGGAUGACGACCAGUUGUACUACACAAGACUGUUCCUAGACAAGGAUUUGAGGGAGAAACAUCGUAUCAAACUCGACUACAACGCUAACAUCUUCCAGAACCUAAAUGGAGCGAUCGAUGAUGUUGACAUUGUGGAAGACACGUUGGUCAACAAAGUACAUAACACCAAGCCACUGGUACUGCACGGUAAUGGACCUUCCAAGAUACACUUCAACACCUUGACCAACUACUUACCUCGGGGCUGGACUGAGGCUGAGGGAUGUGCUACGUGCAAGGAGAACACCAUUGACCUCACCAAGGUCUCAGAGGCUGACUACCCGAUGGUUGUAAUUGCGUUGUAUGUUGGAAUUCCUACUCCAUUCCUGAGAGAGUUCUUUGAUUCUGUUCUGCAGUUGGACUAUCCGAAAAACAAAAUCCACUUUUUCCUUUUUAACAAUGUUGAAUACCAUCAGAGGGAGGUGCUACAGUUCGUAGACAAUGUCAAUGCACUGGAACAGUACAGAGGAGUGAAGCUACUGCAGCAGCCUAAGGAUGGAAUCUCUGAAGCUGUUGCUAAAAUGUUUGCCAGAGAGUACUGCUUUGCCAAAGACUGUGACUAUUUACUGGUCCUGGACAGCAUUGCUCGCUUGGACAACCCCAACACUCUCAAAGGGCUUAUCUCACUUAACAGGACUAUAGUUGCUCCAAUGCUGGUCAGGCCAGGCAAGGCUUGGUCCAACUUCUGGGGAGACCUUUCUGUAGACGGUUUCUACGCUCGGUCAUUUGACUACAUGGAUAUCGUCAACAACGACAGAAGAGGUGUGUGGAAUGUCCCGUACAUCUCGACAGCUUAUCUGAUCAACUCAACGGUUCUACGCAAAGCUAAACCCCAGUAUGAGUCAAGUGAGCUGGAUCCUGAUAUGUCAUUCUGUUACCGCUACAGAGAAACUGGGGUGUUUAUGUAUGUGAGCAACCUGGAAGAUUAUGGACAUCUGAUAAACCCAGAGUUCUUCGACACCCGCCUCGUCCACCCAGAUAUGUAUGAAUUGCUCUUCAACAAGAUGGAAUGGGAGCGGCGCUACAUUAGUCCCGAGUACCCAGAAAACUUCAACCCGGAUAAAGCCUUAGAACAGCCAUGCCCAGAUGUUUACUGGUUCCCAGUAACAACUCCAGAAUUCACACAAAACCUGAUUGAAAUCAUGGAAAACUUUGGGCAAUGGUCCAACGGUACAAACACUGACAAUCGUCUGAUUGGAGGAUAUGAAAAUGUUCCAACGAGAGACAUUCACAUGAACCAGGUCGGCUACGAGCAGACGUGGAUGGAGUUUCUACGAGUUUACGUUCGGCCUCUGCAGGAACACGUCUUCCUGGGCUACAUCCACGAUCCGCCUCGGUCCCUGAUGAACUUUGUCGUCCGCUACAGACCGGAUGAACAGCCUUCACUGCGUCCUCACCAUGACUCCUCCACCUACACGAUCAAUUUGGCUCUUAACAGACCUAAGAUUGACUAUGAGGGAGGUGGCUGCAGGUUCAUCAGAUACAACUGCAGUGUGACUGACACCAGGGUCGGUUGGUUGCUGAUGCACCCCGGACGUCUGACACAUUUCCACGAAGGUCUUCCAGUCACUAAGGGGACGAGGUACAUCAUGAUCUCUUUUGUUGACCCUUAGACGUUGACAAUCUCUACCAUCGUCGUUAGUUUUCCAUUUUACUACUAGAAUUAUCAUUUUACCAUACUCAUUUAUUACUCUCUAGGUUUAGUUAGUUUUAUGUUGUGACUAAAAUUGUUUAUCGCCGUCAUUGAGAUUAACCAAAGAAAAUGUAAUGUUAAACGUGACAGUGGAACUUAAACUAGAAAUAGGUAAGAAAAUCACCCAAAUUUUCAUUAUUUGAUUAUUUCAGCCAAAACGAUAACCAUUUUAAAUCUGUACUGUCUUGCCAAAUACCAUAAAGCAGUACCUUCGUAGGUCCCCAGAGAAGCUUAGUAUAUCAGUGUCAGUUAAGUUCUACUUUUACUUUUUUAUUUACGUGAAUCAAUCUCAUUCAACUUUAGUUUUUGCAUUUUAUGUUUUACAAGAACACAUUUUUAUCAUAUUGCAUUUAUUAGAUGUUAAUGUUUAAUUUUUUUGAAUCUAUGUUUGUGUUGAUAAAUCUUAUUAAAGUUUAAUAGAUAUGAUAUAUCUAUACGCACAAUUUUAGAUUUGAUGUGUUAUGACAUAUGAACAAGUUUACAAUAUAAUUUAUUCAUCUCUUUUAAUUUUAUUUGGAAGAUCUUUGUUUUUUUUUUUAUUUUUACAUCUAACGUCAAAUUCCUCUACUCUUAUAAUUUAGUGAUUUUUUAUUGCCUUUGAGAAUUAAUGAACAAUAGAUAUAUGUGUAGUUUCCUAACAAAAUGCUAUUGUAUACUAUAGCUUUACUAAAUUUAGUUUAAGACUGAACUUUAUAUCUUUGUAUGUGUCAUAUUGUUGGUAUAAAUUUGAACAUUGUUGACAAUAAAACUCUUGAAAUGAGUCA